AUGUCCACCAUGGACCCCUCCGAGUUCAUCUUGCCGGAUUUCUUUGCGACAUGCCCAUUCGCUUUCGGUCGUACCAACCCUCACGCCGAUGUGGUCAUUCCAGAAGCGCAUGCGUGGAUUGUCAAGCAUGUCCCGUUCGUCGAUCGCAAGCGAGACGAAUUUAUCCAAGACGGGUUCCAAGAUCUCAUGCCUCACUGUUAUCCAUGGGCCGGGAAGGAGACUCUCCGCACCAUGUGCUACUUGAACAACCUUUUGUUCUUGGUGGACGACUUGACGGACGACAUGAACAGUGACGAGGCCCGUGGCUUCGGCGAGUCGUUUAUCCGGGUUUUGAAUGACCCUGCUGUACACGACAGCUCGCAGGUUAUGCAAGCAACAAGAGAAUUUCGCUCCCGCAUCACAGGCACUGGUGUGACCGAGUCGCGCUGGUUUGGCCGGUUCCUGGCCAUUUUCAAGUUGUACAUAAACGCCGUAUGCGCUGAAGCAGAGGACCGCGAAAAUAAGCGCAUCCUAGACUUGGACACGUUCACUGUCGCUCGUCGGGAAAACAGCGCCGUGAUGGUGUUUUUCGCCAUUACCGAGUACGCGCUCGGUAUUGACCUCCCGGAUGCAGUCUACGAAGACCCUACGUUCCUGCGGGUGUAUGCUGACUCUGCGGACAUGGUCAUUUUGGUAAAUGACGUUUUUUCCUACAACAGAGAGCAAGCUAAAGGUCUUGAUGGCAAUAAUAACAUCACUGUCUUGAUGCAGACUCUCGACUUGGAUCUGCAGGCCGCGGUGGAUCACGUCGGUGAGAUGUUUUCCCAGAAGAUGGAAGGGUGCAUGCGUGGUCGUGCGAUGCUCCCCUCGUGGGGCGUUAAGGUUGAUGCAGACGUCGAGCGCUUCUUUGAUGCCCUUGAUCAGUGGGUCGUGGGCAAUCUCGAAUGGAGCAGUCAGUCACCGCGCUACUUGGGGCCCGAGCAUGAAGAGAUUAUGAGGACAAGACGGGUUGUGCUCAGGAAGGUUGAGACGGAAAUCGAGUAG